AUGUCUCACGUCGGAUAUUCUGUGUCGAAUCAAGAUGUUCACAUGGCUGACAGCGAAGAUUCUAUGUUGGAUGAACUUCUUCUUGAAAAACUCUCGUAUAGAUAUCUAUCCAACAUAGAACAGUAUGUAAGCCGCUGGUCCAAAGACAUCGAAAUCAAAGAACCAAGGAUGGAUUACGACCCAAAAACCCCCAUCGGGCAUCUUGAAAAGCUUCCUAUUGAGCUUUUACAUAACGUCUUCGAGAUGCUAGACUUUCAGUCCUUGUUGCGAUUCUCCGGCGCAUGUGGACGAGCCAGCAUUCUCGUGCAAACAUCACCAGUAUAUAGGGACUUGAUCGAGUACGCUCACCGAGGCCUGGCCGCGCUGGCCUUCUCAGGUCUCAUCGGCCAUCACCCUGCGGGUGCACUUCGUGCCGCGUUGCGAUCUCAGAAUUGCUUCUCGUGCGGCCACUAUGGCCAGUUGUUGUUUCUUCCUUCCUGUCAGCGAUGUUGUCGGAUAUGUGCUUCGCGCAAUCAGUCACUGUGGGUGCUGCCUCGAGGUGUUGCUGCGAAGUGCUUUCGUAUACCGCUACGUCAGGUUGAUCAAUUACCUGGUAUCCUUCGCUUGCCCAUGUACCCCCAAGGGAGAUUUGCAACCCCAAAACCGGAAAGUUUUGUCAGCGUCGCUUGUGCAAAGAGGCUUGCGCUUGCGAUUCAUGGCUCGGAGGAGAAAAUCACGGAUCUCCCAUUCUCAACGCGUCUUAGUGACACAAAACGGGAACUUUAUGCACAUUACCGAGCUGCGCAACUACGGCCCUAUACCACCGAUCCUCUCAUAUCCACCACCUUGAAUGAAUUCGAAGAUCCACAUGAAAGCUAUGCACACAUCUACCUCCCCUCUAUUACCUCCGGCGUCGUGUAUCAUGGCUUUUUGUGCAGGGGCUGUCUAUGGAUGUGCCAAAAUUACCAUCCAAAGCGCGAUAAGUCGACUAGCCUUGUGCCUAUGGAGCGAGGGCCACCAGAUUUGAUCCUUCGAGCGCGAUCUCGAGAGGGUUUUCUGCGUCAUAUUCGAAUGUGCUUUGGGGUGCGUCAAAUCGUAGUCACCAAUGGCCUUGAGCAUUGGGGACAAGAGAUUGCUCAUAUUCCCAUCAACCAGUUGGCAUGA